UGCUGCCGUUGCGCUUGGUUACUGAGGGCAGACUAUUGGCGAAUCCGCACUUUACAUCGUAGACUUCGGGGAAAACUUUUUGGCGGCAACAUGCCGCUGUUACAUCAAGACAUUAAUCGCGGCGGGAGCUCUAAUGAAAAUAGACGCUCAUUUGCAGACUUUCUUGGCUUCGACUCUAGUUCUCUCGUAGAGUCUGUCGCUACACCUCGACCUCGGCAUAAUGAGUACCGUGGUGAAAACACAUGGCGGUGGGAAGAGCCUCGCAGUCCGGAGGUGGCCCAGAGCCCCAGGUCUCUCGUACCGCCUGCUUGUUUCCCGCCACGUCAUCCACGUGCGUUCACGAGCUACAGCGAAUCCGCUCAGCCUGGUGCGGAGUGGAACCAUGAGGAGUCUUCAUCGCGAGAUAUUGUAGACCUCGUAGCGUCCUUGAAGGCGUUAACGUUGCCGUCUCCGUCACCUCGCUCCAUGUUGUCUGUGCCGCCGCCAGGCCGCCUCAGCUACGAUCACCUCGAACAGAUUAUGGAGCCAUCUUGGUCUGAUCAAAUGGGUUCUGCUUCGGCACGGGAGACCCGCAUGCAACUUGCCCAGAGACGCGCGUCAUUCUGUGGAACCAGUUCAAACCAUGGAUCUGGCGCGGUAGUAUGGAGUGGAACUCUGCCGGCUCGUGCCCCGGAUCCUAACGCUGUAUACUCGCCGAAGGUGUUCCUUGGCGGGCUGCCCUGGGACAUCACCGAGCACGCCCUGAUGCACACACUAAGGCAUUUCCACCCGGUCUGUGUGGAGUGGCCAGGCCGCGAGUUCGGCGGCACCGCGCCCCGUGGGUUCGCGUACGUGACUCUGGAGAGCGAGCGUCGUGUGCGCGAGCUGCUGUCAGCUAGUCGAUGCGACGGACGAGACUGGUAUUACCGGAUCACUUCCAGGAAAAUGCGCACAAAGGAAGUGCAAGUGAUCCCGUGGUCGGUGAGUGGCGCGAGCUGGGUGCGCGGGGCGAGCGCUCGGCUGGCGGCGCGCCGCACGGUGUUCGUGGGCGCGCUGCACGGCUGUCUCUCCGCUGCCGCACUCGCCACCGUCAUGGACGACCUCUUCGCGGGCGUUGUGUACGCAGGCAUUGACACUGACAAAAACAAAUAUCCGAUCGGCUCGGGACGAGUGACAUUCGACAACGUGCGAUCGUACGUUCGCGCGAUAUCUGCCGCCUACGUCGAGAUACGCACUGAUAAAUUCACUAAAAAGGUACAAGUGGACCCGUAUCUGGAAGAUUCGAUGUGUUCAGUAUGCAACCUCCAACAGGGUCCCUACUUUUGCCGCGAACCGACAUGCUUUGGCUACUUCUGCCGUUCGUGCUGGUCUUGGCAACACAGCACGGAGCAACACAAACCUUUGAUGCGGAGCAGCAAAAACAAUAAUCGUCAGUCGCCGCCGAGCGACAACGCCCCGGCAUACAACAGUGCCUCUUCUAACGGGACUCCGUCGCCGUCCACGAGCGGUACCAGCGAGCACGAACACUCUGAAAACGUCUGGCCUCCACACUAAAUCAACUAACAACGCGACCUCCAACUAAUCAUUACACUACAGACUACAAAACAUAACUAAAGCUUAAAAAAAACUUAACACAAUAUCGACAAUCAGACUCAAGCUUCGAUUCUCCUUUAACAAAACUAAAUUUGACGAAUUAAAACUCUCGCACCAGUUGGACGGAGCGCAUAUGAGGGAGGCUGGGACACUCUGCUGAAUAAUUAAGGAUAUUAUCUAAUCGUUUGAAUCAUUUGAAUUUUAUUCAGUUGGGUGGUAUAUCUAUAAUAUUAAGGUUGAUUUCUGUUAUCUAGUUUAAUUUUGUAUCAUAAUAGUUUUCGUAGUCUCCAUCAUGGACACGAUCGUGAAAACUUGGUAAGUGAUACUUUUAUAGCCUUUUUCAGGCUCAACCGGUUUGAUUUUAAAUUAUACCUCAGAGGUUUUUAAAUGAUUUUAAUCGAACUUUUAAAGAAUUGUUGCAAUGUAUUUAAGUUUUAGGGGUUUCUUCACCCUUUGAAAUACGGUGAAAUAUGCUUAGAGGCCGAAAAAUUAUGUUAAAUAUACGAGUAGUGCCUAAUAGAAUGUGAUUUUAAUCAAUUUUAAGAUGCCUUUAGGCUGUAUGAAAGUUUUAAUGUUUUAGGCUUCUGAAAUG